AUGGCAAAUUCCAAGGAGGAGCAAGUUGCAGAGAAGAAGACUGCCAUGCGGAACCUGUACAUUUCAGGGUUCCUCAGCGUGGCGCAGACGGUCAUCACCAUUCAGUCGGAGCCUCUGCUCAUCAAGGAGCUCGCAGGAGGCGACAUCGGGCUCACUGCAAGGAUGCUGGCCAACACGCAAGGUUUGGUUGGCGUGCUCGGCAUUAUCAUAAACCAGAUUGGUGGCAAAUUCUCUGACGCACUCGGGCGGAAGCAGUUUCUUGCUCUCGGUCCUGUAGCCAACAUCUUGUUCGGUCUGCUAAUCUAUCGAAACUCGCACAAGCGCCAGUUGGUCUUGCCACUGCGGGUCUUGAGGGCAAUCCUCACCACCUUCUCCAGCACUGUCAUGCUCACUGCUGCGCUGUCAGACGUGGCCCAGGGUGCCGAGCUCGGUGCUGCCAUCAGCAAAAUGGGGGCUGCUGUUGGCGCUGGCAUUGUUAUCACUCCGUUUGUGGAGGCCCUGUUCCUGCAAAGAUCCAACAGCCCGCGAACAGCAUACCUAUUGUUGUCAAUGCUCGGAUGCGUGCACGCAGCAUUCGUGGGGCUGUCUGUGCCCGAAACACUUCGGCGGGCACAGCGCAAGACCCUCGCAUCUGCCAUGCAGCUAUCGUCCAUCAAUCCAUUUGGCUUCUUGAACAUCUUUCGGCGGGGGUCCACUGGCCUCCAGAAGAUGAUUUGCAUCCAAACCUUGCAGAUGUUCCUGGAGGGGAAGAAUUUGAGCGACCUGGUAGAGCUCUGGAAGCGGGAACAUCUCAAGUGGACUGUGGAGGGAAGCCGUAACUAUGUGAUGAUCUACGGCACGCUGAGCAUCCUUUCUGGGGUCUAUGUCACGCCGUACUUCCUUAAGAAUCUCACCGCCCGCGGCUUCACAUCCGCCACGAAUCUGCUAAACCUUUUUGGGUUUCUGGUGCGCGGCGCGAGAGAACAGUCCUGGAUCUUUCUGCUGGCGGUCAUUCCAAUGCUACCGGGCGUCAACGGUGCGAGCGCUACUGCCUUGAAAUCCAUAAGCACAGACCUGGCCACCUCCGAAGGCUUCGGCAAAGGCGAAUUUGCUGCCUGGACCAACAACUUGCGUGCUCUGGCUGGCGCGAUUGCAACUGUGCUCUAUGGAAACUACUAUUCCUGGUGCAAGCGGACUGGAGCUCCCGCAGGGACCACCUUUGUCCUGGCGGGACUGAUCGGCGCGGCCCUCCCGGAGCUUCUCCUGCGCCUGACCAAGGACAGCGAGAUGCAGAGAUCGAAGGACGAAGUACCCGAAGCAGCAUAA